AGUUUCACUAGAUCGGUUACCAAGUUUGAACAACAUGGCCGCUGAAACAGCUAUUGCUGAUCUUGUGAACCGACUUGAAGCAACAAACAACAAAACUGAAGCUUUAGAAGAGCUCAAGACUGUAAUUUGUGCUGUGCCACCAUCAGAACUAAGAAAUGUGUUGCCGAAUAUUUCAGUAACUAAUGUGUUUAAUUGUUUGAACACAUCAAAUAAAAAGGAGCAGGAGGCAUGCGGGGAGGUUUUGGACAGAAUGUUGUCUACCCUGAGUGCCCCCGUAGUCCUGGAGCACUUCCACUCACACAUUCUGACUUGGCUGAACUUGCCAGACGAGCGAGUGCAAGUGUUGUGUUUGCCUUUGUUAACGAGACUGAGCCGCGAUGCCCCGGAGAGCUUGUGUCAGCACACUGACCUGGUUCUGGCAGUCGUAAGUCUUCUCACUGCCGACAGUUUGGAUAUUGGACCCGCGGCUGCGGCCAUUCUCACACACAUGGGGAGAAACCCGAGUGGCCUUCAAGUAUUAUUCAAUGAGCAAACAGUACAGCACCUGAGAGCUGCCAUGCAGAGGACCGACACCUGUCGGUUCCGCGUCUACCAGAUUGCCACAGACCUCAGCAUGCUGGCGCCGGCGGCUCUCGACGCCUGCGUCUCCUCGGGCGUGCUGCAGCAGCUGAUCAACGAGAUGCAGAAAGACGACAUCCUGGUACAGCUCAACGCCAUCGAGCUCCUCUCCGACCUGGCGCAGUCCCCGCACGGCCUCGUCUUCCUGGACCAGCACGGCAUCGUGGGAAAGCUGGAAGAGAUGAUGGUCGGCGUCAGUGACAAUCCAAUGUCUGGUCUUCUCUUACCAGGUCUCAUAAAAUUUUUUGGAGGUCUCGCCAGACAUCAUCCAAAAGAGGUUCUCUCCAAAUUUGACAAUUUCGUUCGCUUGGUCCUGAUGAACGUGUGUGGAGGGGACGCCAGUCUUCAGGGGGUCUCCGUGGACACUUUGGCUUUUAUCUCUUCCACGCCGGAGGGGAAACUGGCCCUGGAAAAACUUGGGAACCCCAUGACUGAGUGCAUACAAGGGAUUGGCUCCUUGAUUCAGACAGGAUCAUCGGAGCUGAAGGUCCGAGCUCUGCGUGCCAUGUCCAGUAUUGUUUAUUUACAGGUCGAGCAUCAGACGGUGGAACUGCUGACCUUGACAGAGCGUUGGUUCGGCACCUCCAUGUCGCUUCCGUUUGACUCGGUGUGGUCGAUAGCCCAGCAGCCGUUCUCCGACCUCCGGAUCCCCGCCCUCCACCUCCUGCAAAGCGUGGCGCUGUGCCCGUGGGGGCAGAAGCUCAUGAACAAUUGCCCCGGCUUCCGGGAGUACGUCCUGGACAGAGCCACGGAGAACACCAAGGAGGGAAAAGAUGAGAAGUUUGAGCUGGUUCGGAUCCUGGCCCAUUCUCCGACGGCCGUUGAGAUUUUGGGGCGGCCGUAUCAUGUGAAGUUGAUGGAGUAUUUCAACCAAGGCCCAUUUUUUGUCUUGGCGCAGUCGGAGGUGGCUUUGGAGGGAGAAUGAACGUACGGAAUCAAAAGUUAAACCAGAUGAUGUUGACAGUUUUUUGGGGUAACAGGGAGUGAAAGAGGGUAAUGUUUGUUCUUUGAAGAAUGAAAGUUUUUUUUGGGGGGGGGUUUGGUUUUUGAAAGAGAGAAAGUGGUGAAAUGUGAAAUAGAGCUUGGGCUUCACAUACACGAAUGCUCUAACUAAACUCUUUGUUUGUCCGUACCGACAGUGGGUGGUGUCUUUGAAGAUGUCAGUGAAUUGUUCGUGCAAGUCGAAACCAGUACUGUUUGUUUUAGUGAAAAUGAAGUGCCGGUACCAAAGUGUCAUUCCAGUCUGUGAUAUUCUGCAGAAAAUUUGAAUGGUUUGCAUGGUUGCUGAUUGUGCCGUCUGGAAUGAUUUCUCCUUUGUUGCUGUGCUUCUAUUCUGUCUCCAGGUGUCUGUUCUAUCUCAACAUUGCUAGAUGUAAACUUAAAGUGAAACUCGAAUAUAAUGAAGGUUGUCCUUGUUUAUGAGUUAACUCUUUGAACCUCAUCGGAAGCUGGGAGCGUCCAGUACUAGUGACAACCAUUUCGUUUUACUUAAGGCUAGUUUUUGUUUUUUUUUGGCACUAUUCCCGAACCAAGUUUUUUAAUAAUGACUAAGCCUUUGUUUCCGCUAUUUAGAAGUUGGAGGCAAACUGUUGGGGCUAUAAUGAGACACAGUGCACUAGGUUCAGGUGAUUAGAAAAAAAUUCCGAGAAAACGGUGGAAAAAACUCAGGGGGCUUAAAGAGUUAAAGCUUUACCGGCUAGUGACAUUUCAAAUUGAAUCGAAACUUGGGGAAAAAUGUAUGGAAAUACGGUUAUAAUGAAUGUUUUACCCUUGGAAACAAAUUAAAAGUACAAAGCUAUUACAAUAAAUUUUUCAGCAAGACAUAAAUUAAUGUUGUUUUUAUAAAUGUUUAAAUUCUUCAUUACUUUCAUUUUCCUUUUCAUUGAGUAAGUUUUGUUAAGUACAUGAAUGGUGAGAGUUCAAAAUAUGGGAGAGAGACUUCAAAGUGAGACUUUCACACUGUCACAAGUUUCAGAUUAUAACUGGUAGGGGUAAGCGAGAUAUUUUCAAGAAAGAUGCCUUUGUUUUAUCCUUUGUUUUCCUGUGACACUUAACAGUAUCAGAACUUGUGAGCUUGUUUUUUCCAUGGUUUGAAUCUUUUUCUGCUUUAGUCGUUUUUAUUCCUUUGUGCAGAUGAUCUUACGAUGUUGUGGUCAGUUUUUAUUAUAUCUUUAUCAUACGAUCUUCCUCCUUCUCUUCCCCCUCAAUCUAAAGAGAAUGAAUGUUGUGGCCUUAUAAAACUUAUUGCACCAUAAGUCUACCGUGUAGAUCUAUCUAUCUGUUCAUGCAAAAACUGUUCAGUCACCAAGAUUGUAGAUUUUCUACUUUCUGUCUGCAAAAGAAACAAGAUUGUGUAUGUAAAGAGGUCAAUUUAAUGCUUUUGAUCUUUGUCAAGAGAAAAAUUAAGCUUUGAUCCUAAACUUAUUAGUAGAUUUUCUGUUCUUUCUGUCUGCAAAAGAUUCAAGAUUGUAUGCUAAGAGGCCAAUUUAUUAAUGCUUUGAUAAGUGUCAAGAGAAAAAAUUAAGCCUUGAUUCUAUACUUGUUUGUAGAUUUUCCUGCUUUCUGUCUGCAAAAGAAGCAAGAUUGUAUACAAAGUGGCCGAUUUAAUGCUUUGAUCUUUGUCGAGAGAAAAAUGAAGCAUUGAUUCUAUACAUAGUUGUAUUACUGUUACUGUUCGUGAUAUUAUUACAUUGUUAAGGGUAACAAUUGCCUGGUGUGUUCUGCUAUACGCCUACUGAGAUUUGUGUUAACAGACGUACUUUUGUUUUGCUUGUUCUGUUUUGAGGUUGUUAUUUUUUUUUCUUAAAGACUUUUAACGCUUUAUUUGUGUGCUGUUGGGGUUUGCAGGAAUUAGUUUUUGUGUUGCAGUAUUUGGGUUUUUGUUUGUUUGUUUUGUUUAAUGUAUUAUUUUUAUCUUAUUUGUUAUUAAGAAUUUUUUUUCUAGAAAGAGAGUUCACUUGCAAUAAUUUUAUAAUUUUAUACUGUUUUAGUACUAGAUCUAGUAUAUAAAUUCUCCUUUUGACAAAUUACUAGAAGUUCUAGGUCGCAUUUUUCUUCCCGUUUAACAUUAACACUUUAACUUCAAAUUAAGAGUUAUUUUUUGUAGAUUUUUCGAGUUACUAGUUAUAUUAUAUCUUUAACCUUAACAUUUUUUAUUACUAGUUACUUUUACCUUCUUUUAUUCUUUUAUUGCGUGUUAUAUUUUGGUUGGCCGUAAUGUAAGUAAUAAAUGUUUCAUGAUUCAUCGUGAUAUUGAAAAUUGUAAUAGAUUUCCGUUCCUUUUGUCCCGACCCAGUUCAUUUUCACUUUCACCCACCAUUGCUUGAAAUUAAAGAAUGCGAUCUGAAUGCUGUAUUUCAUAUGAAA